GGCGGGAUUUCCUGAUAAAUCUAGCAUUGCGGCCUCUGCUGAAGGGCACUUGUUCAAGUCAAUUCACAAGGGUAGUGUGUGCAGAAGGACCAGUAGACAUCAACCAUGGGCGGACACGACGCUGGAUCUCAGCACCAGUUCACUGGCAUUGCCAAGUACUUCAACGCAUACACCAUCACAGGAAGGAGGAAUUGUGUAUUGCUCACCUACGCCAGCAUAGCCACCAUCGUCCUCCUAUUCAAACUGAAGCCCAAGAAACAAGCAGCGAUCACCAACUGAUCAUGUGACCGGACAGUUCUGUAGUAUAGUUGGAGCUGGUGGCAGCUGGAUGUGCUUGUUGUAAUUAUACAACCAUUUAUUUGGUAUUAACAUGUUAACAAUAAAAAUGAUAUCGACAUA